UGUGUGAUAUGAGGAUUAUUAGUACAGUGUUUGGCAACCAGUCCUUCCCAUAAUGGCACCCAAACACCAUUGAGCUGUUGAUGUGCAUGGCCCAGCCAAGCCCUUGGAGUGUUUGGCUGUGUCUGAUAAUCUGUUUUAAAGUUUUAGUACAGUAAUCUGUGGUGGUACACCACUAACAGAUGUUUUUCAAUUUAUAAACUGAUAUUAUUUAUCAUUGUUUGUCAUAGGUCCUCAGUUCUUGUGACCAUGAAUUGGAAAUCAAUAUAAGAUAGUAUGAAGUGUAUUGACCAGAACACAAUGUGUUUGUCACUUGCCUGCCAGUUUAUAUGUACCUUGGACAGGGAGUUGGACUAACAUUUGUAGAUCUUUGGGAUCUUAUACCAGUGGAGGAUGGCUAAUAAUGGCCUAGGCGGAUCUAUGGUUAUUCUUUUGCCGGAGCAUCUCGACCCAAACCGAAAGGUUGACGUACCAGUUUCCCUCAUGAACCCUGUGACUGAAACUCCUGAGUCUCAUGUUAAUGGGAUGACGACCUCUGCUGUACCACCUGGCUCUGCCCAAAGGUCCAAGAUACGACCGAGGAAAGCACCUGAACUUCAGACAGUGGAGCGACGGAAUUGGUUGAUUCAUUUGCACUAUGUGAGAAAAGAGUUUGACCUUUGCAAGCAGCUAAUUCGAGAACAGCUGGAAGAGACACGUGGGAUGUGCGAGUACGCCAACUAUGUUCAGGGCUUAAUAUUGAGGCAAGAAGGGAAGAUCCAGGAGUCAUUUGAGUUGUUCCAGCUUUGCAACAUCCUCAACCCAAGCAGUGUUGAGAAUAUCAAGCAGAUGGCCCGUGCUCUGUAUUUCCCUGAAAAUGGAGACCUGCACACUGCUCUUGGCCUCUUGUACAUGCAGACAGGCAAACACCAACAGGCUUUUGAGCACCUGGGUACAACUUUAACCUUUGAUGCUAAUAAUACACGAGCCAUUCUCGCUGCUGGGUCCAUGAUGCAGAGUCAUCAGGACUUUGAUGUUGCUCUGGCCAAGUACCGUGUGGCUGCCCAGUCUAUUGCCGAGUCUCCGCCACUCUGGAAUAAUAUUUCCAUGUGUUUUUUUGGGAAAAAGAAGUAUGUGGCAGCAAUAAGUUGUUUAAAACGAGCAAACUACUUGGCACCAUUUGACUGGAAGAUCCUUUACAACCUUGGGCUGGUUCACCUCACCAUGCAGCAGUACACAUCAGCUUUCCACUUCCUAUCUGCUGCUGUCAACCUGAGGCCCACAAAAGGACACAUCUUCAUGCUUCUUGCUAUUUCCCUCACAUACUUGGAUGAUGAAGAAAAUGCUCGGCAGGCAUAUGAACAAGCCAUAACUCUGGAGGAACGAGAUCCCAGUGUGUGCCUUAAUUACGCUAUAUUUCUACACAACCAUGGCCAUAAGGAGAGUGCCGUGAAUAUGAUAAAUAAAUUUGAAGUGAGAAUGGUAAAGUUUCGACAGUCUACUGGAGCAGACCUUGACACCGAGGUUAUUGAAAAUGGAGCUAAGCUGGCAUCACUUCUUGGUGUUGAUGGGUCAGCAUUUCGUAAAAAAGCAAGUCGUACAAGACUUGAUGCUCUGGAUGAGACUAUGCACCUGGAGAAGAUGGCUACAACUACAGAUACACUAAAGCCAGUUGAAGAAGUUCCUCGGCAGUCACCACCCCCAGCACCUGAGGAGCUCAACCUACCUGAAACAUCCACUGGUGCAGAUGAUGCAGACCUUGUUUCAGCUACACAGAAUCUCAAUAUAAAUGAACCCCCUGCUUUUGAUUCUAAUGGUAAUGGUGUCCGUGGUGAACUCCUAGCUUCAGCACAUUUGCAGUUUCAAGAAGAGAAACCAAAGGAGCCUGCCAGUGAUGAUAUAAUCGCUGAUACGGCUAAGAGUGGUGAUACAGACGAUUCAGAUAAUAUAUUUGAUUAAAUAAUUCAUUUGAAGAUACAUUAUUCAGCAAGGGAAAAACCAUCUUUUAAAUUAAAGUAUUUAUGCUAGGCAGCUAGGAGAAUUGUGGACAUUCCCCUUUUUACAUUGAUGGUUGUUUUCUGUUGCAAGUCAGGUAGGUAAUGGUUUCCUGCAUAUUCUUAUGCAUAUUAUCAUGAAAGCAUUGUUGUUCUCUCACUUUUCCUUCACUUAACUCUCUUACCCUUGUAUGAUAUAUUUUCAUGUUUUCAUUUACUUGCUCUAUCCUGUAUAUUUCCUGGAAUCUCCCUCAUUCUUUACAUACAUACAUUCUUAUGCCCCACCAUAGGAAAAUGGGAAGCAUAUAGGGUUACAGCUGUCUGUCCAUCCAUCCAUUCAUAUGUAUGGUAAUUCAUAUCUAGUCAAAUUUAUUAGUUAAAGGCAUCACACAUUGAAAUGAAAUUUGGUACAGGUAUACAGUUUUAUCAUAAAUAUGUGGGUAGCUGUCGAUAAUAAUCAGUGAUUUAAGUCUUUAUUUUCAACAGGUGUGACCCCUGAUUGAUUUGGAAAUUUUUGUGGGAACAUAUGAAAUGAUUCCUUUGUUUAUGAAGGGAUUACUUAUCUAAAUAAUUGAAUUGUAGCCAACAGUGACAGUCACACCCAACUUUACAAAAUCUUAGAACACAACCCAGUAUUUACUUCUUGGCACACUCAGUGUUUUCAGGAACUGAAUCACUGGAUUUACAUUGACAAUGAUCUCUAAGUCGCCAAUCCAGCAGUGAAUAAGACCGAUUCCUUAGGGGUAAACAGUCUUGGCAGUACAUAAAAGUUAUUUAAGCUGCUUAUCAUUAGUCAGGAUCUUCACAGUAAUUAUUAGAAGUAAUAGAUACUCCUCAUCAGGCUUCCAAGGGACUUUCCUGGACUCUUGACCUAUUUUCUCUGUAAGCAAACCUUUGGAAAGGAGUUUAGGAAACUCCAAAACUUGUGGAGCUUAGUACACCUGUACAGUAUAGUACUGUACAUGAAAUCACAAAAUAAUUUUACAUGCAAGACCACAGUACAUGUACUGCCUUACAAAGAACCAAGAAGACUAAUUUAUACUGCUCUAUAAAUGUACAACCAGAGAUAUGUCAUCAUAAACACAAGUGGACAAAGAGCCUGUGAUGGAAUCCAGAAAUAACAGCUGUUACAACAGCCAGAGUGAGUGAAUCAGAAUAAAUGAGUAAGUCAAGGCACUGCAGGAUUUCCAACAAUUAUUUGGGAUGCAGCUGGCUUUUCAGCUGGUAAACAUUACUAGGUACUCUUUUCAGCAUGAUUGUUGUCAUGUUCAAAGGAUAACUGCUUGACUAUAGGUAUUAGGUCAGGAGAAAGUCCAGCUAAACCAAUAUUUUACUCCACUGAAAUGUACAGUACUGUACUACACUGUACUGUACCCCUUUUAAAAUCAGGAGUUUGAGAGAUUUUGGUCCAUGUUCUUGUGAACUUGGACAGAAACCUUGUAUCAUUAAUUUUCAAUAGAGAGUUGAUGUAAUAUUUAUGUAUUUGUCUUGUUUAUUCUCUCACCAACUAUAUAUAGUAUCAGCCUCUUCCUGUUGCUUUCUCUGCUGUUCUUACACCUCUCUCCCUCUUUUGAUGGUUAUGUUUCCCAUGACACACCUUAUACAAAAGCGAGUUGAGGGGGGAGGUGAUAAUAGAUAGGACAGAUACAGGGGUGCCUAUCCCACUUCAUAGUCACAGGCAGUAGAAAUGAAUAAGGAUUUUUUUUUUAUUAGAAAAGUGUUCUAAAAAUAUUUUGAGACUAGACCAAACCCACAAGGUUUUCUGUACUGAAGUACCCUGUACUGUUGAGCAUAUCAAUGGUCUGCCUACCCUAAGUCAUAGUGUGUGUGUUUAUAAUCUAUAGUCAAAUUUACACAUCUUAUAUUUUUGUUAUUUGAAGAUUAUUUUGUUGUCUUUUAGAAUUUCAUAACCUAAAAAAAUUAGUAAUAUAUUAGUUUUUCCUUUUUUUUUUUUAAUGUAAAGUAAAAUUAUCAAAAUAAAUGCCUUUCUGUAUUCUACUACAGUUGUGAUAAUUUUGCCGUCCAAUAUCAAAUACCACUACGUGUACUUUCUGUGAUGACCACAUUAAAUAGUCAACUUGC